UAUAGAUAAGGAGCAGCUAAUUGCUCCAGGACAAAAUGAAAAAUAUAAUGAUUCUUCUAAUAUUCCACAUUGGACUUCCAUUCCAUUGAAAGAGCAUUUCUUUGCCUGACUAUAGAUCAGAAAAACUUCGAGACUAUGUUUAGUUCCACCACAAUACGAGGUCAUGUUUUAAGUUUUCCAUUUUUAUGUUCUCACCUCAAUUACUCUAAAUAGACUCAAUUAAUUCUACAAAUUGCAUAAAAUAAAGUGCAUCCAGUUGAUUGCAAAUCAUAUCCUGCUUUUAUCUAUUUUUAUCUUUUUUUGGUCUGCAUCCACACAUUUCACUCACUCAGGUUCGGCCACAUUAUUUUCAUUGUUCAUCUUUCCAUCUCGAAAAAUGUGUUGAUAUAGGAUUCUUGUCGACUUGCUAGUUAGCAAAUAAGAUUGCUCAAGACUAAGGAAUAGUCAGUGGUUCUGAGCUCAAAUGGCAAAGAUUGAUUGUGGGUUCGCUCUCCGUAGUUAUUACACUGCUAUUAGUAACUUUAAUCAAAUGUGGGAAAAUUCUUUUGAUAUUUGAGAUGCUCCUUUGGAAAUACUUUUGAAGCUUGGAUUUUAUUUUCUGUUUCCUUUAGAAACUGGAAUUUGAAUGUUGAAUUUGUGUAAAUCAUACAUUUUUUAAUUCAGAACAACUUCUGUAAUGUGUGAAUCUGUCAUCAGGAAUUAUGGCUACUGGAGCAAUCAAUGUUGUGAGAGGUUCAAGGUCAUCCGUUGAAGAGCUUUUGCAGAUAUACAGUCACUCUGAAAGUGUGGCACUGGUUGUGGAUGAUCCUGUUUUGUACAACAAGAUUUCAGAAACCUUUCAUGCCCGAGCUACUAUAAGAUUUGUCAUUUUACUGUGGGGAGAAAAAUCAAGCAUAAAAGAUGUAGCAACAGCAGAAAUUCCUAUUUAUGGCUAUAAUGAGAUAACAAGUAUGGGUCAAGAGAGUCAUAUGGCUUUGCUUCAUUCUGAAGAUGCCAGGAAGCAAUAUAUUUGUGAAACUAUCUGCUCUGAUGAUGUUGCUACGCUUGUAUAUACAAGUGGUACCACUGGGAAUCCCAAAGGUGUUAUGCUCACACACGAGAAUCUACUUCACCAGAUUAAAAAUAUGUGGGACAUUGUACCUGCCAUGCCUGGGGACAGAUUUCUAAGCUUGCUUCCACCUUGGCAUGCAUAUGAACGAGCUUGUGAGUAUUUCAUAUUUACCCAUGGAAUUGAGCAAGUAUACACAACAAUAAAAAAUCUGAAGGAAGAUUUGCAAUGUUAUCAACCUCAUUAUCUGAUUUCUGUUCCAUUAGUGUAUGAGACGCUUUACAGCACAUUGUUGCAAGUUGUGAAAGAGGGUUAUUAUAAUAAGAAGAGGAACGAUAGAACAGGAAGUUUACCUCCAAAAAGAUUUUGCAGAGGGAUUCAGAAGCAACUUAGUAUGAGUUCUGCUGUACGUAAACUUGUUUCUCUUCUAUUCUUGAGGAUCAGUUUAGCAUAUAUGGAGUCUAAACGAAUUUAUGAGGGGAAAUGUCUUACAAAAAAUCCAGAACAGCCUUUCUUCCUUGUUUCUGUUUUUGACUGGUUGUGGGCAAGGAUUGCUGCCGCAAUAUUGUACCCAUUGCAUAUGUUGGCAAAGAAAAUUGUCUACAGUAAAAUUCAUUCUGCUAUUGGUAUUUCAAAGGCUGGCAUAAGUGGAGGUGGUAGCUUGCCAUCCCAUGUGGACAAGUUCUUUGAGGCUAUUGAAAUAAAAGUUCAGAAUGGAUAUGGUCUAACAGAAUCAUCACCUGUGGUUGCUGCUCGACGACCAAAUUGUAAUGUUCUUGGCUCAAUUGGGCAUCCUCUCAAACAUACAGAAAUAAAAGUUGUAGAUGCAGAAACAAACAAAGAUCUUCCUUAUGGUUCAAAGGGCAUUGUUAAAGCUAGGGGUCCACAAGUGAUGAAGGGUUACUACGAGAACCCGCUCGCAACAAAACAAACAUUAGACGAAAAUGGCUGGCUGAAUACAGGUGAUGUUGGCUGGAUUUGUCCUCAUCAUUCUAUAGGACGAAGCCGUGAUUCUGCAGGUGUUAUUAUUCUCGAAGGACGUGCCAAGGACACUAUAGUCCUUUCAACAGGUAAGUUAAAAUGUUUAUUAGUAUGCAUGUUUUUCUAUCUUUUGGCGAAGUACUUGAAGUGUAAAGAAAAAGUGCCUUUUAAUGUAGUUCUGUAAAUCUAAAUUCUCUAGAAUGUCUUAGAGAGAACAGAGUUGAAGAAUCUUCUAUUCCGUGGAUAUUACGAAUGAGUCCGUAACCAUCUGAUUUUCGAGAAAGUUUUAAAAUAAAUAAGUUCAUACUUAUUUGGUAUGAAAUAAUUAGUGAAUGGAACC